AUGCAUGAUUCUUCGAAGCUGGCCAAGCAGGAUGCGGAGUCUCUGGAUGUUUCUUCUCUGACCGCUCUGACCCCGGAAGUCAUAAGUCGUCAGGCGACAAUCAACAUUGGCACGAUUGGUCAUGUGGCGCACGGCAAGACCACCGUCGUGCGAGCCAUUUCAACUGUACAUACCAUCAGACACAAAACCGAACUAGUUCGGAACAUCACAAUCAAGUUGGGGUACGCCAAUGCGAAGAUCUACAAAUGCGACAAUGAUGCUUGCCCUCGACCCGCCUGCUACCGAUCUUUCGGCAGCGCGACUGAAGACACUCUUCCCUGUCCAAGAGCCGGCUGCGGUGGGACUCUUUUGCUUCAGAGACACGUGUCUUUCGUCGACUGCCCCGGUCACGACAUCCUGAUGGCCACCAUGCUAAACGGAGCAGCGGUAAUGGAUGCCGCUCUGUUGCUCAUUGCCAGCAACGAACCUUGUCCACAGCCCCAAACCAGUGAACACCUGGCUGCCGUUGAGAUAAUGCGUCUGAAGUAUAUCAUUAUACUACAAAAUAAAAUUGACCUAAUCAAAGAGACGCAGGCCCGUGAUCAGUACGAACAAAUUCUGCAGUUCAUUAAGGGCACAGUUGCUGAAGGUGCACCUGUCGUACCAAUUUCAGCCCAACUGAAGUACAAUAUCGACGUGGUCUGCGACUACAUUGUGAACCAUAUUCCUGUGCCAAUUCGGGAUUUCACUUCUGCCCCAAGGCUAAUAGUCAUCCGUUCGUUUGAUGUCAACAAGCCAGGGUGUGAGGUGGACGAUCUGCGGGGUGGCGUUGCUGGUGGGAGCAUACUUCGCGGAGUUUUGAAAGUUGGACAGAAAAUCGAGAUCCGACCAGGACUUGUUUCGAAAAGUGCAGACACCGGACGACUUACUUGCCGCCCCAUCAUUUCUUGUAUUGUCUCCUUAUUUGCUGAGCAAAAUGACCUUGCUUAUGCCGUUCCUGGAGGUCUAAUCGGUGUGGGGACCAAAAUUGAUCCUCAACUCUGCCGAGCCGAUCGUCUGGUAGGACAUGUCUUGGGUGAAGUUGGUACGCUGCCAAACAUUUAUGUUGAACUCGAAAUAUCGUUCUUUCUUCUGCGUCGACUACUGGGUGUACGCACCGAGGGGGACCGGAAGGGAGCAAAGGUUCAAAAGCUAUCCAAAGGUGAAGUACUGAUGGUCAACAUAGGAUCGCUGUCUAGUGGUGGACAUGUGAUUGCAGUCAAGGGUGAUCUCACCAAGAUCGCUCUCAACAGUCCCGUGUGUACAGAAAUAGGUGAAAAAAUCGCUCUCAGUCGCCGAGUUGAGCGGCAUUGGCGACUUAUCGGUUGGGGAAAAAUACUCCGUGGUGUCACGAUUCAACCAAUACAGUGUGAGGAAUAAUGACUCAAUCUGGUUCAAACUAGCAUAUCUACAUCAUGGUCCUUCUAUUUGACAAUUUAUACGUUGACGACCACUUCUUUCCCAGUUGUCUAUUUUUUGUUCUACUCCUCUCCUUGAUUUUCCUUUCCAAUUGCGGUCGGUUCCUUCUCUAUGUACAUUUGAAUCCCUGGUUGAAUUAGUCCUCAAUCUAUUUGGUGCCUUCUGUACAUGCGUCUUCAGUUGCAUCAGAUGUGAUGAGGUCGGUAAUGUGGGGAACAUGUCUAUUGUGAAUUAUAUCAGAGCUGG